UUUGUUGUGAAAUCAAAGAGUUGCAUUUAGCUUGUUGUGGCAAUAUGGGUGUUUCGUUUUCAUCUGUGAUAUAUUACUUAUGGCCAAAAAAACAAAGACGUAUUAUAAUGUUUGGACUGAAUGGAGCCGGCAAAACAACAAUUCUUUAUAGAUUGAAACUUAAUGAAUUAAUUCAUACCAUCCCAUCAAUUGGUUUCAAUGUGGAGACGAUAAAUGUUAAAAACUUUCGUUAUAGUAUUUGGGAUUUUCCCGGAAGUGGAGGAGAUUCUAUACGUCGUAAGUUUAAUCACUAUUUGCAAGGUGCGGAUGCACUGGUAUUUGUUGUUGACUCCUCAGAUGAGGACAAAAUGAAAGAUGCAGAAAUGGCAUUGACUGAUACAUUAUGGUGUGAUGAAUUCGAAAAUGUGCCCAUUCUGUUGCUUGCCAACAAACAAGAUUUACCUAAAGCAUUCAGUCCAGAGGAAGUGCUAGAGCAAAUGAAAAUGGACACAAGAAAACACAAAUAUAUUGUUCAGGGCACAUCGGCAUAUUCAGGGAUUGGACUUUCUGAAGGAAUGGAGCAUUUAAAUAAUAUGUUGUCAAAGAGGAAAUAGAAGUAGAAGUUUUUUUCUUUUGCUUUGUAAAGUACCAC